CCUGCGCCCACCUGCGCUCCGGGGACGGAGCGGCCCCGGGGAGCUCUCGGGGCUGCGGGCGGUGUCUGCAGCAUCCAGGAGCCGUCUGACGGCAAAAAUGUCACACGUGAAACAAGUGGGUCUUUUAGCUGCUGGAUGUCAGCCAUGGAACAAGGAUAUAUGUGCUGCUAGUGGGGACAGAUUUGCCUACUGUGCUACGCUUGCUGUUUAUAUUUAUCAGCUGGAUCACCGAUACAAUGAAUUCAAGCUCCAUGCGAUUAUGUCUGAGCAUAAGAAGACAAUCACAGCCAUAUCUUGGUGUCCCCACAACCCUGACGUGUUUGCAAGUGCCAGUGCAGAUAGUUUAGUGAUCAUUUGGAAUGUGAAUGAACAGAAAGUUGUGGCCAAGCUGGAAAAUACAAAAGGAAUUCCUGCAUCUCUUGGCUGGUGCUGGAAUGCGGUUGAUGCAGUUGCAUUUGUGUCCCACAGAGGUCCGCUGUAUAUUUGGACUAUCUCAGGACCUGACAGCGGGGUAACUGUGCAUAGAGAAGCACAUAGUUUCUUGUCAGAUAUCAAUCUGUUUAGAUGGCAUCCAAAGAAAAAAGGAAAGGUGGUAUUUGGACAUACUGAUGGAAGCCUAUCUAUUUUUCAACCAGGUUCUAAAAAUCAGAAACAUGUCUUAAGACCAGAGUCUCUUGAAGGAACAGACGAAGAAGAUCCAGUUACAGCUCUGGAGUGGGACCCUUUGUCAACUGAUUACCUUCUUGUUGCUAAUUUACAUAAUGGUAUUCGACUUGUUGAUUCUGAAUCUCUGUCCUGUAUCACAACUUUCAGUUUUCCCAGUGCAGCAGCAUCUGUUCAAUGUUUAGCCUGGGUUUCUAGUGCACCUGGAAUGUUUAUAACUGGAGAUUCUCAGGUUGGUGUAUUACGUGUUUGGAAUGUUUCACGUACAACACCUAUAGAUAAUUUUAAAUUGAAGCAGACUGGUUUUCAUGGCUUGCAUGUGCUAAGUUCUCCUCCAAAGAAAAAGUCAUGUUCAUCACAGUAUCCUACUAAAAAUCACCAUACAUCUUCAACAAGUGAGGCUCUUCCUCCUCCAACUUUAACCCAAAACCAAGAAUUUUCUCUUCCUCCUGGUCAUACCGUCUGUUGCUUCAUGGAUGGUGGAGUGGGGCUUUAUGACAUGGGAGCCAAAAAGUGGGAUUUCCUUAGAGAAUUGGGACAUGUUGAGACCAUCUUUGAUUGCAAAUUCAAACCUGAUAACCCUGAUCUUCUUGCUACAGCUUCAUUUGAUGGCACAAUAAAAGUUUGGGACAUAAAUACUUUAUCAGCAGUUUAUACAUCUCCUGGUAAUGAGGGGGUUAUUUAUUGCAUUUCUUGGGCUCCAGGAAAUCUGAACUGCAUAGCGGGUGGAACAUCCAGAAAUGGUGGCUUUAUCUGGGAUGUUCGAAAAGGCAAAAUGAUAACCAGAUUCAGUGAGCAUGGAAAGAAUGGAAUCUUCUGCAUUGCCUGGAGUCAUAAAGAUUCCAAAAGAAUAGCAACCUGCAGCAGUGAUGGAUUUUGUAUUAUUCGAACCAUUGAUGGCAAUGUUCUUCACAAGUACAAGCAUCCAGCUGCCGUCUUUGGCUGUGAUUGGAGUCAAAACAACAAAGAUAUGAUAGCUACUGGUUGUGAGGAUAAAAACGUUCGUGUUUACUACUUGGCAACCAGCUCUGAUCAACCACUGAAAGUUUUUAGUGGGCAUACUGCAAAGGUGUUUCAUGUACGGUGGUCUCCUCUCAGAGAAGGAAUCCUCUGCAGUGGCUCUGAUGAUGGUACUGUUCGGAUAUGGGAUUAUACGCAAGAUGCUUGUAUAAAUGUUCUUAGUGGACAUACAGCUCCAGUACGGGGACUGAUGUGGAAUUCUGAAAUUCCUUACCUUCUAAUAUCUGGCAGUUGGGACUAUACAAUUCGAGUAUGGGACACAAGAGAUGGAACAUGUUUGGACACAGUUUAUGAUCAUGGUGCAGAUGUAUAUGGAUUAACGUGUCAUCCUAGUCGUCCAUUUACUAUGGCAUCCUGCUCUCGUGAUUCCACUGUGAGACUCUGGUCAUUGACACCUCUUAUAAACCCUCUACAAAUAAAUAUCAUAACAGACAGAUGUUGGGAUGAUAUUGUUGGCAAUACAGAUCGCGCUGUGGAGUCUGGAGCUUCUCCUUUGCUGUGUGGUAAAGUUUCCAGGGAUAUUAAACAAGAAUUGGAAAAAUUGUCAGGAAAUCCUCAAGGAAAAAAACUAAGGUGGUUUUCAGAAUUUUUUUCACCUCCAGGAGGCAGCAAAAAUUUAUGGGACUUGGUUGCUGUAAUAAAAGGACAGGAUGACAGUUUGCUUCCACAAAACUACUGCAAAGGGAUUAUGCAUAUGAAACACCUCAUUAGAUUUAGACUGUCCAAGGCACAAGAACUGACAACAGUAAAGAUGUCUAAGUUUGGAGGUGGUAUUGGUGCACCAAGCAAAGAGGAAAGACUCAAAGAAGCUGCAGAAAUACAUUUGAGAUUAGGACAAAUUCAGCGAUAUUGUGAGCUAAUGGUAGAACUUGGAGAGUGGGACAAAGCUCUCUCAGUUGCACCUGGUGUGUCAAUGAAAUAUUGGAGAAAGUUAAUGCAAAGGAGGGCUGAUCAGUUAAUUCAGGAAGAAAAUGAUGAUGUCAUCCCAUACUGUAUAGCUAUUGGAGAUGUGAAGAAACUGGUUUCUUUCUUUACUUCAAGAGGUCAGCUUAAAGAGGCUCUACUUGUUGCACAGGCAGCUUGUGAAGGAAAUAUACAGAUGUUACCACUCUCCACAACAAGUGGAACUUCAAAUUCUGCUGGAAACAAUGCAGAUGAUUAUAAUGAUCUCCUGCAGAAUGUCAGUAAAGAACUGGCAGAUUGGUAUUUCCAGGAUGGCUGUGCAGUGCUUGCAGCAUGUUGUCACCUGGCUGUUGAAAAUAUAGAGCUUGCCAUGGCAAACCUGAUUCGUGGAAAUGAGCUGGAGUUGGCAGUCAGUGUGGGUACUGUCUUGGGAGAAAGUGCAGCACAAGCAACACAUUAUGCCCUAGAAUUACUAGCAAGAAAAUGUAUGGCAGUAAUAACAUGGGAUUUAGCAGUUGAUCUUCUUAUGAUGAUUCCUGAUAAUAAACUGCAGUUAGUAAAACUAUGUGCUUUUUAUCCUGGAUGCAUAGCAGAAAUAAAUGACCUACAUGAAAAGUGUAAUCUUCCUGAUGUGGAAGAAUGUAUGCAAGUGGCAGAGACAAUUCAGGCAGAUGGGGAUGUAUUUGAAACAAUAAAGUACUAUCUGUUAAGCACAGAACCUGAAAAGGCUCUCCCUGUUGGCAUUCAGUAUGUGAAAGAACAACUUUGUGGCUCAGAUUGGACUUUAGAUUCAGUCUUUCCAUAUCUUGAUCUUCUAAGUUACAUACGGACUGAACAGUUAAUGUUGCCUAAGUGUAGUGUAUUUCGGAAUGAGUUGCUGAUUUUGUGUGGUUAUGUUGGUGCUUUACUUGCUAUCAGAAGACAGUACAAUAGCAUUGUACCUGCACUGUAUGAGUAUACAAGUCAGCUUUUAAAAAGACGGGAAGUAUCUGUACCUUUGAAAAUCGAACAGCUUUCUGAGGAAUUAGAUGCAUGGAGAGCUUGCACACAAUCAAACAAGCCUACAGAUGAGUUGCCAUGCACCCCGCCCUCUGAACUGCAGAGAGCGCUGUAUUCAGUACUGGUAUCGCGGAUUCAGGAGGAGCCUCUGAAAGGAAUGGUGGGGCCAGACUGUGUCACUGGAUCAAAUCUUCCUAGCCACUCAGAUGUUCAUACCUCUUGUUUGACAGGGCUAAAGAUUCAGGGUCCUGUGUUCUUCCUUGAAGAUGGAAAAUCUGCUAUUUCACUGAAUGAUGCUUUGAUGUGGGCCAAAGUGAAUCCUUUUUCACCACUAGGAACAGGAAUACGACUUAACCCAUUUUGAUGAGGUGUUUCCUCUGUACUUUAUAGUGCUUUAAAUAAUACUCUGGGGGUUAAUGCUGAUUUAACCUUGAUUGUCAAAGGAUAGAAAGGAUUCUUCCUGAAGGUCAAUGUCUUGAACUUCAAAAAUUGCAAAAUGAGAGCAAAAUGAUUUCUAUACAAAUAUUUAUUGAGAAUCCAAAGAAAAAAGUAAUUUAAUAAUCCAAAGAAAAAGUUCUAAUUUCAUAU